CGUCCCAUGACGAACAACGUAAGCAUUGCAGAUUGGGAGACGUGCAGAGGGUUACACCCUCUCUGCCCCUUGAAGUGCCUCGAAAUUCAAGAUCCCGUGUGCGGUGACGACAACAAUCUCUACCCUAAUCUAUGUGUUAUGCAUAGACAAAACUGUGGGAAAAUGAUCUCGUCUCAACCAUUGAAGUAUUGCUUUGCUAGAGCAAGAGAAUUUCGUAGUUUCGAUCCCUGUCCGAGUAAAUGCUUGGACGUCUACAAACCGGUGUGUGGAUCGAAUGGCAUCGUUUAUCUCAACGAGUGUUACCUUCGUAAGCAUACCUGCGGACAGGACGUAGAAAUGGUAAAGAUCAGCCAGUGUGUUCUGGUCAGGAAAUGUCCUCAAGUCUGUGUGGCUCUUUACGAUCCAGUCUGUGGCUCUGAUGGCAAAAUGUACCUCAAUCAUUGUCGAAUGUUAAAGGAUAAUUGCGGUAAAGAAAUCAAGAGAAUGUCCAGAAAAUUCUGUAGCAAGAAAGAAUCUAAUCUUAGUUCAUAAGUAAUCUUGAAGAAAAUGUCAGAAAAUCUAUGUUAAAUUAUGUAAUUUCUGACAUAUUUUUGUUACUAUAAUAAUUAAUUUGGUUUUAUGUACAGUACAGUAUUGUUUUAUAAUAAAUUAUACAUUUUAUA